AGCGCACGCAGCGGCACGCGCCAGGCCGGGGCACGCCACGGUGCCGCCCACGCGCCCUCCUCGCCUCUCUCGCCACGGACGCGUGGGCUCCCCUACACCACCAUCGCCACCGCCCGCGCAACGGAACGGGCACGCCACGCGCCCCCUCCACCCCGUUUCCUCCUCCUCCUCCUUCUUCUCCACUCUCCGCCCUCGCGCGAAGCAACAAGCACGGCCCUGGACGGCAGCAAGCGACCCGUUUUCCUCCGACCCGUUUCCGUUCUAGUCCUCCAGACGCCUGGCGAGCAGGGUAUGGUCGCCAUGCUGCCCGCCGCGAGGGGAGACGCCGCCCCAGCCACCAGCGCCGGCGCCGCCGAGAAGCUCGUCCACCGUGGGCCCGGCACCGACGGCAAGUACAAGAAGAAGGCCCCGAGGAUGGUCCACAAGGCCGAGAGGGAGAAGCAUAAGCGCGACCUGCUCAACGACCUCUUCAGUGAGCUCGGCGAGAUGCUAGAAGCAGACAGGCAGACCAAUGGGAAAGCCUGUAUAUUGACUGACACCACUCGAAUCCUUCGAGAUCUGCUUUCGCAGUUAGAAUCUCUCAGGCAGGAGAAUAGCACCCUGCAGAAUGAAUCUCAUUAUGUUACGAUGGAGAGGAAUGAGCUGCAGGAUGAGAACGGUGUGCUCCGCAACGAAAUUCUGGAGCUACAAAAUGAGCUGACAAUGCGGCCAGCAGGCAACCCAGGUUGGGGCCAUGCUACUGCCGGGUCGCCUCACGCUGUUUCUCAUCCUGCAAGCACAGUUUUCCCGUCACAGCAGCCACCGACCAUCCCAAGCGCAGUGUUCCCCUUGCAGCAGCCACUGCAACAGCCAACAGUCAUGGAGCCUCCACCACCACGGGAACUUAAGCUCUUCCCAGAUGCGGCAUCUGAUAUCGAAUGCCCUGAACCAUCAGAAGAUCAGGAGGCUGCCAACCAUAUCGCGCGACCGCUGGCAAGGUACCCAGCACAGUCGGCGUCGUGGCCUGUAAGCCUGGGUCUCCCGAGGAUGGAAGAUGAACAAUGCAGCAGUGGCGCAACGGGCAGUAGCAAGGAAGGUAGUAGCUCUGCAUCUUCUGGAGAUUGAGUAGAUCAGUUCCAACCAGUCAGGAAGUUUCUCUUUGAGUGUAGUGGAUAUAUGCAGCUGAGCAUGUGCAUGUAAAUACCAGACUCCGUCUUGGAUCUGGGAAUGUUAUGUUAGAUGAGAAGAUGACGCUCCAAUGGGAAUCAGAAUAGCACCUUUUCUUCAUCCUCUGUGUUGCAACUUAUGCUGGCACCAUAGCAUAUGUGAACUGAUCUAGCUAGAAUCAAUAUUUGCAAAGCAAAACUACAGCAA